AUGUAAUAUAAAUCGUUUAUUGAUCCUUAUUUAAAUAAGCAAAUCAAUAACUAAAAACCUUAUCUUAAUUCACUUAGAAGUCCUAGCUUUCAUCAACCUAUAUCAAAUUGUAUCUUAAAUUUUAAAAUAUCAUUAGCAUUAUUAUGUCAAAGUAUUUCUGAAUAAAAACUCAAGCUCUCUGUUGAUUAAGAGAUCCAAACCAAAUUAAACAAUGUUGGACAAUCCCAAUGGGAGAAGUAUCUCCAUCAUGCCUAAACUUUAGGAUUGGAUCUAAAUUACCGAAAAGAGUGUAACUUCAAUAUAGAGAAAUCAUCAAACCUAAAUAAUUCGAAAUUAAUCUGUCUCAACCUCGAAUUCAUAGUCCUAAUCUCAAUUAAAGAUUUAAUAGAUCUUUCUAUAUGGGUCUUCAAGAAAUUAAUUCAUCCUCCAUAAAAAGACCUCUCUUGAAUCUUACUAGUACUGUAAUUAUGGUAUUACUCAUUGAUUUUAAUUUAGAUAUAGGAUAGCACACAAGCUACAUCAGAAUUAUAAACACAGAAAAUCUAAUAAAAAUUUAGGCAUAAUUUCAUAUUCCAUUAUAUUAUUGGUAUAGGCGGAUUUGGAAAUGUGUGGAAGGUUGAAUCCAAAAAAACAAGAAUGAUCUAUGCUAUGAAAGAACUUAAAAAAUCAAAGUAUUCUUUCUAUUCUAUUGAGAAUUUUAGCUAAAAAAUCUGUAAAGUCUGUUAUGAAUGAAAAGUAACUGUUAUAAAAACUUAAGAAUCCUUUUAUUAUUAAUAUGGUAGGAUCCUUUUAAGAUAAAGAUCAUUUAUAUCUAAUACUCGAUUUUCUAUCAGGAGGUGAUCUUAGAUAUCAUAUCUUACUUAAUAAAACAUUUAGAGAAGAAUAAAUUAGUAUAUUUAUAUAUAUAAUGUAGAAUUUUUUGUGGCUUGUAUAAUUCUUGGAUUAGAAUACAUAAAUUCUUAUUAAGUUAUUCAUAGAGAUCUAAAACCUGAAAAUUUAGUAUUGGAUUGUAAAGGAUAUUUGAAAAUAACAGAUUUUGGAAUUGCUAGAAAUUAUAAAAAUGAAAAUAGUAAUGAAACAAGUGGUACUCCUGGAUAUAUGGCACCUGAAAUAAUACUAAAAUAAAAUUAUAAUUAUUGUGUUGAUUAUUAUGCAAUAGGUGUUAUUUGUUAUGAGAUGAUAACUGGUAAAAGACCAUAUUUAGGUAGAACAAAAAAAGAAAUACGCGAUGAAAUGUUAGGGAAAUAGAUUUAAUUAAAUUUUAAAGAACAUUUAUAAUAUUCAUUCAAUUUAAUUGAAUUUACAAAUAAAUUAUUAAUAAGAAAAUAAUAAAAUCGAUUGGGUUAUUAAAAUGGGAUAAAAGAACUUAAAAAUCAUAAAUUAUUUUAAUAAUUUUAAUGGGAUAAAUUAAUAAAUAAAACAAUGAUUGCUCCAUAUCAACCAAAAUAAGAAGAUAAGACAAGGCCUUGUCAAAAAACUAGUGAUUCAUAACAAACAAUAUUUAAUGAAAAACUAAAAUAGCUUAAAUUUAAAGAAAUCUAAAUGCUUUUUGAUGGAUAUACAUAUUUAUCUGAAGACAAGAUUAUUUGA